GCGACGGGUCAACGGCGACUCAUGUUCCGGCCGCCGCCGCCGGUUCGCUGCUGCGGGGCGCCGGGGCGAGACCGGCGGGGCCCCGACAGCUUCGAGAUCGUUCCUUCCCGGUCUCUCUCGUCUUCCCCCCCUGCAACCUGCCUUCGCUGCCUUCGUCUUCCCCACGUCUCACGCCCCACAUAGUCAAUAUUCUAGCUUAUCCACACACGAGGGACGGCGGGAGUUCAACGUCGCCUUUCCUACAUGGCGCUGACGAGGCUGGUCAUGAUGUCCUCGCGCCCGCCGUGCCCGCUCCCGCUUCCUUCUCCGUCGUAUAAGAUAUCGCGCUGCUGCCGCCACCGCUGCAGCCGACUCCUCCGCAGAGCAAUGUCGGUAGCCUCCCAGCACCUGAGCACCGUCACGCCGACGCCGCGGCGCCAGAUGAUGGCGCGGCUCGAGCACAGGUCCCUGAUGGUGGGCGGGCGCGAGCUCCUCGCCCGCGCCCCGCGCAACGUCACCCUCCGCCCCGCCGGCGUCGCCGACGCCGAGGCCGCCCCGGGCGCCGCGUUCCUCGGAGCCAAGGCGGCGGAGCCGUCCAGCCGCCACGUUUUCUCGGUCGGCACCCUGGCUAGUGGGUGGAGGUGGAUGUCCCUGUUCAGGUUCAAGAUCUGGUGGAUGGUCCCGGCCACGGGCGCCGGCGCCGCGGCCGUGCCGGCGGAGACGCAGAUGCUGCUCUUGGAGUCCAGGGAUGAGGCGGGUUCUGCCGCAGCGGAGGGGAGCGCGGUGUACGCGCUGAUGCUGCCGGUUCUUGACGGCGAUUUCAGGGCCAGCCUCCAGGGGAGCCCCCAGAACGAGCUCCAGUUCUGCUUCGAGAGCGGUGAUCCUGAGGUCCAGACGAUGGAAGCAGUUGAUGCAGUAUUCAUCAACUCAGGGGAUAACCCAUUCAAGUUAAUGAAGGAAUCCAUCAAGCUGCUAUCGAAGAUCAAAGGAACUUUCAGGCAUAUAGAGGAUAAGGAGAUUCCUGCAAAUUUGGACUGGUUUGGGUGGUGCACAUGGGAUGCAUUUUAUAAAGCUGUUAACCCAACAGGGAUCGAGGAGGGCCUUCAGAGUCUGCGUGAAGGUGGUGCGCCACCGAGGUUUCUGAUUAUAGAUGAUGGUUGGCAAGAAACAGUUUACGAAUUCAAGGAAGUGGAUGAAACUCUCUGUGAGCAGACCGUGUUAGUGUUCCAUCCUUGGGUAACCCAUGAAAGUGUGCACUGCAUCAUUCCUGAUUCGCAUUGUUAUUAUGCCAGGUUUGCACAGAGGCUGACUGAUCUGAAGGAGAAUCAUAAGUUCAGGGAAGAAACCUGCAAGAAUCUUGGGGACCUCGUCAAGAAGAUCAAAGAAAUACAUGGAGUCAAGUUUGUUUACAUGUGGCAUGCUUUACUUGGGUAUUGGGGAGGCGUCUUAGCAACAUCUGAUGCGAUGAAGAAGUACAAUCCGAAGCUUGCUUACCCAGUCCAGUCACCGGGCAAUGUUGCCAAUCUGAGGGACAUUGCCAUGGACAGCUUGGAGAAAUUUGGAGUGGGCAUCAUUGAUCCUGACAAGAUCUAUGAGUUCUACAAUGAUCAGCACAGCUACCUUUCUAGUGUGGGUGUGGAUGGUGUGAAGGUUGAUGUGCAGAACUUAAUGGAAACUCUUGGGCAUGGCUUCGGUGGCCGUGUUGCAGUAACACGAAAGUAUCAGCACGCUCUUGAGGAAUCCAUUGCCCAGAACUUCAAAAGAAACAACCUAAUCUGCUGCAUGAGUCACAAUUCAGACAGCAUCUUUAGUGCCUUGAAAAGUGCAGUUGCUAGAGCCUCUGAAGAUUUCAUGCCACGGGAACCAACACUGCAAACUCUGCACAUCGCUUCUGUGGCAUUCAAUAGCAUUUUGUUGGGAGAAAUCUUCAUACCUGACUGGGAUAUGUUCCAUAGCAAGCAUGAAUCGGCAGAAUUUCACGGAGCAGCUAGAGCACUGAGCGGAGGUGGCGUCUAUGUGAGUGACAAACCUGGGGUGCAUGACUUCAGUGUUCUCAGAAAGCUUGUUUUACAAGAUGGCUCGAUUCUAAGAGCAAGAUAUGCCGGCCGGCCUACACGCGAUUGUCUGUUCAACGACCCGGUCAUGGAUGGCAAAAGUCUGCUGAAAAUAUGGAACCUGAACAAUUUUUCUGGUGUCAUCGGAGUGUUCAAUUGUCAGGGAGCUGGGCAAUGGGUUUGGCCAGUGAAAGACAUUGCUUAUGUUCCCACCAGCAUCAACAUCACUGGCCAUCUCUCUCCUUCAGAUGUAGAAUCUCUUGAGGAUAUAGCCGGUGAUAAUUGGAGUGGAGAGACUGCAGUAUAUUCUUUCAAUUCAUGUUCUCUUUCAAGGCUUCAGAAGCACCAGAAUUUGGAGGUUUCACUGUCUACCAUGGCAUGUGAGAUCUACACCAUUUCGCCGAUAAAGGUUUUCAGCGAAGCCGUUCAGUUUGCACCGCUGGGAUUGAUAAACAUGUUCAACUCUGGCGGCGCACUCCAUGAUGUUUCGAGCACCUCAGAUUCUUCAGCUACCACAAUUCACGUCAGAUGCCGAGGGCCAGGGCGGUUCGGGGCGUAUUCAGCCACCAGGCCGGAGCUCUGCAGAGUUGGACAGCAAGUGGAGUUCAGUCAUACAGAGGAUGGCCUGCUAGCCUUUGACCUUCCUCACUGUUCAUCCCACGACGGCGACCUGUGGCACAUUGAGAUUCUCUACAAAACUCCCUGAAUCCGUUUACCCUCCCAACAUGCGAUUUUCUGCCGUUCCCUUCGGUAACCACCGCACGUGCACAUGUUCAGAGGAUGUUUUCAGAGAAGCUAGUGUUCUGUUGGUUCUUGUUGUGCUGCAUUUUUCCCUGUUGUGUAUAAUUUUAUUCACAAUACGAUUUUUGUGUUGUAUUGGUACUGUGAUUUGGUUUAAAAGAUAGCAGUUUAACA